UAUGUUUAGACUUUGCCAGUCUAUUUAGUCUAAUUUAUUGAAUAUCAACCCUAUAUAAAAUAAAAUAUUUUAUGUUUCAAUUUAAUUCAGUCCAUUUAGUCUAGAUCAUUGAAUAUUAACCUAAUAAAGUUAAUCGAAUUGGACUGAAUUUUUCAAGUCGGUAAACUGUCUUUGUUGAUAGUCGAUUUCGGUCUUAGAAAAUCAGUUUAAAAUAGUUCAGUUCCGCGUUUAGCUUACGCUCCUAGAUAAAAUAUGCAAGAUUCUUAAUCUGCCAAACUUUUGAUGCAUUCAACAUAUUAUCUUGUGGUCGACGGCUUUGACAAACCAACUACCAAACUAAUAUAUAUUUUUCUUAUUUUUCGAAAAUUACUAUCAAUCACCGGUAGUCUAAGCAGUACACGAGAGCGGAGUGGUAUCAGAUGAUCGCCGCCUUCCACUUGGUGAUCUCUAGCGAUAACAUUUUAUAUUAAUCCAACCUCGAACGGGCUGUGGCUUCCCACUUGGUCAUUUGCUGGCGGGGACGUUCCUCGUGAGAGGUUCACAACCACCACCUCUCAUUCGAUAUCUUAUGGAUCCAUCCCCCUCUCCCCGGCCCCAGAUUCCACACCCCGAGCCCAACUAGAUUCCAAGUCCCUCAUGGAAUCCUCCUGCCUCCGUCUCCAUCGCUUUCCCCGCCGUCCCCUGCUUCCCACCCCUUCCACCACCGCUCCAAACCACCUCCGCCCCCACUCCCACCCUCUCACACUCAAACACCAUGCCUUCCCCGCCACCAUCACUCCUUCCGGCCAUCUCCCAUCGCUUCGACUCCGACGCCCCCCACUUUCUCCCAUCUCCCCAAAAUCCUCCGACAUGGAUGACGGCGGCAUUCCUACCGACUCCGACCUCGCCCCGACUCCGCCGUCCCAGCGCACCUUCUCCGCGUGGGACAUGGCUAGCCUCUGGGUCGGCCUCGUCGUCGGCGUCCCCUCCUACUACCUCGCCGGCAGCCUCGUCGACCUCGGCAUGGCCUGGUGGCAGGGCGUCGCCACCGUCGUUCUCGCCAAUUUCAUCGUCCUCGUCCCCCUCGUCCUCACUGCCGUCCCCGGGACCAAGUACGGCAUCCCCUUCCCGGUCCUCGCCCGCUCCGCCUUCGGCGUCCGCGGCGCCCACGUCCCUACCCUCCUCCGAGCUUUAGUCGGCUGCGGAUGGUACGGUAUCGAGACGUGGAUCGGCGGCGAGGCCGUCUUCCUCCUCCUCCCUCCUUCCUUGAAGGCAUCAUCCUCUGCUCCGUCUCAAGUCCCCUGGUUGGGAACUUCGGCGCUCGAAUUCUCCUGCUUCAUGGCCUUCUGGCUGGCCCAGAUGGGCAUCGUUUGGAGGGGAAUGGAUGGAAUUCGGGAGCUGGAGAAGUACUCGGCGCCGAUCCUCAUCGUCCUCACCUCCUCGCUCCUCUGCUGGGCUUACGUCAAGGCCGGCGGCUUCGGCCGAAUGCUCUCGCUCUCUUCUUCUCGGCUCUCGUCAGCUGAAUUCUGGUCCAUUUUCUUCCCAUCCCUCACUGCAAACAUCAGCUUCUGGGCUACUCUGGCCGUCAACAUCCCGGACUUCACUCGCUACGCCCGGAGCCAAAAGGACCAGAUCCUCGGCCAGGCCGGGCUGCCGCUCUUCAUGGGAAUCUUCACCUUCGUCGGUCUAGCCGUGACGUCCUCCACCGAGGCGAUCUUCGGCCGCGUGAUCUCCGAUCCGAUCCACCUCCUCGGACGGAUCGGAGGGUUCUCGACCACGCUCGUCGCCAUCCUCGGCAUCAGCCUCGCCACCAUCACCACCAACAUCGCCGCCAAUGUCGUAGCUCCUGCGAACGCUCUCGUGAAUCUUAGUCCGACUAUGCUCACCUUCAGGAGGGGAGCUCUUCUCACCGCUCUCUUGGGCAUCGCCUUCCAGCCUUGGAGGCUGCUAAGCUCCAGCGAGAGCUUCGUCUACACCUGGCUGCUCGGGUACUCGGCGCUCAUGGGACCGAUUGGCGGGAUAAUUCUCGCGGAUUACUACCUUGUAAAGGGCACGAAUUUGGAGGUCAGCGCGUUGUAUUCGAAGAAUCCAAGAGGUCCUUAUUACUACUGCAAAGGAUUUAAUAUCGCGGCAAUGGUGGCUUUGUCGGCCGGCAUCUUGCCUAUAAUCCCAGGCUUCCUUCACAAGGUCGGUAUUCUAUCCCACACUUCGGAAGCUUUCGUUAUAGCCUACAACAACGCCUGGUUUGUGAGCUUCUUCCUCUCUGGCAUUCUCUAUUGGCUUCUCUGCCAAUUGGGAAGUAGAAGGGAUGCUCGGCAUACCGAAACACUCAUUCCUACUUCGGAGUGAUGAUACCCUGUACAAAGACUCCUUGAGAUUAUUGUAGAAUAGAGCUGUUGAAAAAAAGAAAAGUGUAAUAGAGGAUUCAGAGGGGAUCGAAUGAUCGAUAGAACAUUUUUGUUAUAAUUUAACAAAGUUGUGCAAUACAUUGAUAUGUCAUAAUUUAACUUAAUGCAAACAUUUUUGUUA